CAGACCACCACACACACAAACACGCCCUUCUCUCUCUCCUCUCCCUCCCUCUCUCUCUCUCUCUAGAAUCCAGCGACUGACCACCUGCUUGGAUUUAUCGAUUCCACCAAAUCACCUUUCCAUCCUUGUUCCAUCGAUUAUGUUAUAUAAUUCAUCCAAACGCGGCCUUUCUACUUCCUCACCGUUUCUCCCUCGGUAAACGCUUCCGCAACUUCCCCUCCUCCUCCUCUCUCUCUGUGAUCCAAACGUCGUCGUUUUCCGAAGUCCAUCCCCGGUGAACGCGUUCUGACGAUCCGAGUGAGUGAGAAGCGAGUCAACUCUCUCUCUGAACGCUGUUAACAAUGAGUACGCAGCUGUUAGAGAUUCAGCCAAAGGAAUUGAAGUUCUUAUUUGAAUUGAAGAAGCAAAGCUCAUGCUCGAUUCGGCUUACCAACCUGACUGACAACUAUGUUGCUUUUAAGGUUAAGACUACAUCACCUAAGAAAUACUGUGUGCGCCCAAAUGUUGGUGUUGUCUUGCCGAAUUCAACUUCUGAGUUUUCAGUUAUGAUGCAAGCACCACGAACCAGUAUGACAGAUAUGGAUUGCAAAGAUAAGUUCUUAAUCCAGAGCACGAUUGUUUCUUCUGCGACAACUGACGAGGAUAUUACAUCUAGCAUGUUUUCUAAAGAUGGUGGCAAGUACAUUGAAGAGAAAAAGCUAAGAGUUACCCUCGUUAGUCCACCCAACUCACCAAUGCUGUCACCAAUGAAGGUAGACUUGAAGCAGGGGCUCGGUCAUGAACACUCAUUUCUAAAAGAUCAAUUUGGUGGAGUUGAAAUCCCCCCUCCGCUGAACAAGGUUACUAAUGAUGUGAAGUUCACAGCUACUAGUGAGAAGCCAAACCCAUCAACGAAAACUGAGUUGAAACCGUCAAAGGAUGUAGAGUUGAAACCAGAAAAAGACGUUGAGCUGAAACCAGAAAAAGAUUUUGAGUUGAAAUCAACAAAAGACGUGGAGCUGAAGCCAGCAAAAUAUGAGGCAUUGGAACCAGAAAAAGAUAUGGAGGUGAAACCAGAAAAAGAGGCAGAGUUGAAACCAAAAAAAGAGGCGGAGUUGAAACAAGUAAUAGAUGUGGAGCUAAAAUCAGCAAAGGAUGUGGAAUUGAAACCGCCGAAGGCUAUGGAGUUUAAACUGGCAAAAGAUGUGGAGUUGAAUGCAACAAAGAUUGUGGAAGAUUUGGAGUUAGUUAAGGAUAUCCAAGAGAUGAAAUCAAAGCUAAAUGCACUUGAAUUAAAGCUGAGCCAGGCUGAAGUUACUAUUUUAAAGCUAACAGAGGAGAGGAGUUCAAGCAUUCAAGAAACGAGAAUUAUGCAGGAGCAAUUAGCACGACUGAGUAGAAGAGGUGUGGAUGUGAAAACAGUCCAUGUCGGAUUUCCUCUCCUAUUUGUUUGUAUGGUGGCGAUCAUCAGUGUUGCUUUCGGAUACUGUCUACGCCCUUGAAAAACAUGUGCAUGAAGCUAGAACCGUCGACGGCAGUUAGAUAGAUACGUAUAAAAGAAACCGUCUUCCCCGUUAUAAAUGUACAGAUGAGGUAUAGAGGGGAGAAUCUAGCCAAAUUUACUCACAGUAGAGAUAUACUCUGUUUUUUAGUUUUCUGUAAGGUUUGCCUUAUGUACUUGUUUUGAAAGCAUGGUGUUUUGAAGGAACUAUAUGUGCUACUCUAAUGGUGUUUAUAUUUUGGUGA